AUGGGGACCGCGCGUGGGGAGGGCUGUGGGCCCGCCGGGCCCGCUGAGAUUUGGACAUCAGAGCUGAAGCGCGGUCCCGAGCGCUUGAUCAAGGCCUUGUCCAGGCCGCUGCCCGCGGAACGGCUGCCCGUGAAACCAGGUGGCAUCAAGCAUUUGCAGGAGCACGAGUGGUUCGAGGGCUUCGACUGGAACGCCUUGCAGGCGGGAGAGAUGCCUCCGCCUCAUGUUCCGGAUGUUGCUGACGACGAGGACUUGUCCAACUUCCUUGCGGAUCCGAAGGAUCUCCCCGAGCCGAUGCCUUACCUGGACCCCGAGGACGGCUGGGAGGAAGGCUUCGCCACCGUGGAGUGA